AUGGGAGUUGCUGGAUUACUACCGCACUUAAAGACAAUACAAAAACAUGUCACUUUAAAGAAAUAUGCAGGGAUGACCUUAGGAAUAGAUGCAUAUUCAUGGUUACACAAGGCUGCCUGUUCUUGUGCAUAUGAGCUAGCCAUGGAUAAACCAACUGAAAAAUAUCUACAAUAUUUUAUUCGAAAAUUUAAUUUAAUGAAGAAAUUGAAUAUCAAACCGUAUUUGAUUUUCGAUGGCGAUGCAAUAUUGGUGAAGGGUGAAGUGGAAUCUAGCCGAUUGAAUAAAAGAAAGACUAAUAAGUUAAUGGGUGAGAAACUUUGGCGAAUAGGUGAACGCAAGGCUGCAACAGAGUUUUUUCAAAAAAGUGUGAAUAUUACAACGCAAAUGGCAAAACAUAUAAUCAACUAUUGUCGAGAAAAUUCAAUCCAAUAUGUGGUGGCACCUUUUGAAGCAGAUUCACAAAUGGUAUAUCUCGAAAAGACAGUACAAGUUCAAGGCAUUAUAUCGGAGGAUUCUGAUCUUAUAGUGUUCGGUAGUAAACGACUGAUUACGAAAUUAAAUGAGUUUGGCGAAUGUAUUGAAAUUGCAUCCUGUGAUUUUGGUGACUUAACAGGGAAAUUUCCCUUUGGUGAGUUGAGUAUGGAUCAGAUAAGAAUGUUAGUGUGCCUGUCUGGUUGUGACUACACGGUUGGGAUUUGGAAAAUCGGUUUGGUCACAGCUAUAAAGCUAGUUCGGCAGUUCGACAAUAUGGAUGAUAUCGUCAACCAUAUCAAGGAGUCGGGAAAGUAUAGUUUGAACUGCAACUUUUUACAGGAAUACAAGUACGCCAACUAUUCCUUUCAAUACCAAAGGGUCUUCGAUCCUAAAGAGAAUCGAAUCGUUACUUUGAAUAGAAUACCAACUGAACUAAAAAAUGACAGAAAGGAAUUGGGGAUUGUCGGACAAUGUAUCGGGAAUGUGAUUUCAAAAAAAAGUGGAAUAAAAUCCAUUGUAGUGAAUGAUGACGAUAUUGACCAUAAUAUCCACACAAUGAUUGCAAACGGUGAUCUAGAUCCUCACAACUGGAAAGAAACGUUAAUAAGUAGAGAAGAAUACUUGCAUUCGGAAAGGUCCAUUACUCUUAAUAACCUCACCAACCCCUUAUCACCUAUAUCCAAUUUUCUCCCUACGAACCCGAUACUUCAUCCAGGUUUGGCAUAUCUCGACAGUUCUAUACACCAUACGGAAUGUGUCGCAUAG